UUUGGGUAAGCGGACUUCUCCCUUUCUGCGUUACAUUUCUCCAGCUCAUCAGUGAUGGAAAUUUUUAGAAAAUAUUUAGGUGGUUCGACGGAAUCAGAAGAGGUUGUUGGAGCUGAUAUAGUGGAAAGGCUUGUAGAUCGCUAUCAGUCCUCUACUAGAAUUGACGACAGACGGGAUGCAUUGCGGGCUCUUAAAGCGCUUUCUAAGGCAAGCAAGAAUUUUUAAUCUUUUUAUAUCUAGAUGUUUAGAAGUAUCGACUGGAGGUUGGGACACAAGCAAUGGUUAUCUUCUCGUCAGUUCUGAAAGCUGAUUGGGAAGACUCAGAUUGUGUGUGCUAUGCUUUAGAAGCACUUUAUUCUGUAAUGAAUGAUGAAGUAAACGAACAGGGUUUGUUAUUUUUCAGUUUAUAAGUCCCACAGUUGAACCUCACGAGUUAGUUAAUAUACCAGCUGACCUAGGCGUACAAUUCACGGAAAUGUAUUUGCGAAACCUUGAAAAUUAUGAAACUUUAUUAUCGUUGUUAGAUGCACCUGAAAGUUUUAUUCGACGGAAUGCUAUGCGGUUGCUUACAGUGCUUUCCAUUAAUCGUUUGAAGGAUACUCAAAAUGCCAUUCUUCAAUGUCGUGCCGGAAUUUCAAAACUUGUAGAUAUACUUUCAGACACGCAUGAAGUUUUGCGGAAUGAUGUUAUACUUCUUCUAACGGAACUCACGAAAGCAAAUGCAAAUAUCCAAAAAAUAGUAGCUUUCGAGAACGCUUUUGAUUGGUUACUGAAAAUCAUAUAUUCUGAAGGUCUGUGUGAUGGUGGUAUAGUGGUAGAAGAUUGUCUUCGUUUGUUGUUUCAAUUAUUAGACGGUAAUCCAUCCAACCAAGUUUUGUUUGUAGAAGGGAAUUUUAUUCGGCGUCUUUCUCUUCUGUUUGACUUGUAUUCUACUGAAAGUAGACAGUCACAAGUUUGGUCUGCACAGAAAGUUGUCAAUGCAGAGGUAGCUAUGCAGGUUGUUCAAACCUUGGUAGCACCCUGUAACAAAACUCAAUUAACACGAAACUGCCAGAAUGUGAUUUAUGACUGUGGUCUUCUAGAAAAAUUGUGUAAUAUUGUCAUGGUCAGUGGUGUUCCAGCAGAUGUCCUAACAAGAGCAAUCUAUGCCUUAGCAGAUUCGAUACGCGGAUGCCCAAGAAAUCAAGAAUAUUUGGCCAAUUUAGUUGCACCUUCAGAACCUCCUCAAUCUGCUGUCAAUGUGCUCCUCGUGUCCAUGUUAAACAGGCAUCAAUCUGUAGUUGUACGUGUAGCUGUGCUAUAUUGCUUUCAAUGUUAUCUUGCUUCUAAUCAUCAGGCACAGAAUGCAAUUGUAAUGACAUUACUGCCUAAACCUAGUGAUGUCCCACAGAUUGGUGUUAGCGCUGGUCAACUGCUUUGUGGAGGAUUGUUCUCCAAAGAUUCCUCAACUUGGUUUUCUUCCAUAGCUCUCCUUCAUUGUAUCCAUGAUAAUGUACAGCUUAAAGAAGAACUUUUACGUGUACACUUAUCUCCUAAUGAAGGAGCUCAACCGGUGACUCUUUUUCAUCAGUGUUUUGUCUGGCAACAAGAGUGUAGUCAUUUUCAAUCUCGUAUGGGUUUAUUGCAAUUAUUAUGUACUUGGUUCACAAACUGUUCCGAAGCAGUAAGAUGUUUUUUAAAUCCAUCAUCCAGUACAGCAAAUGAUGGUACACAACCAGUGAAUCGUAAUUCGUAUUUAUGGACUCUUAUCGCAGAAGCAUGUGCAGUGGAUAAUGAUGAAAAUGAAGCAUUAGUUCGCGGUUUGACUACAUUAUUAGUUUGUAUUUGUGUAAUAUACAAUCCUGGGGAUGUAAAUGGAUUUGAAAAGUCAACCUUAUUUAAUGCCCUGGAGAAACGUAUCGGUAUAGAUAUGAUUUUAGAACGUCUAAGUCAAGUAUCCAAAGCUGAAUCAUUUGUUUCAGCUUCAAAAAAACCUCAAACGUCUGUACAGUCUACUGAUGAGUUAAUCUUUGAUUAUACAUUCACCCGGUUGUUUAAACGAUUAGAAUAUGAAGUAAUGCACACGUUUCAAUCGGAUAAUAAUGUAAAUGGAGUAACGAAUUGUAUUUCACUUGGUGAUAAUCAACAAACUAGUAGAUCUGUUGAUCCUACAGUUUCAACAAUUAAUAAACAACAGUAUGAUGAGAAACUGGCAAAACAAGAGAAUGAGAUAACAAUGUUGCGUAAUCGUAUUCACGUAUUAGAAUCUGAGCUGAAUAUUUGUCGUUCUACCAUUAAUAAUAAUACUCCAACCAAUACACAACAGAUUAACAUACACAAUGAAGAUCAACUACAAAAAUUAACCAUAACUGACAAUGGUAUUAUUCAAAAUUUAGAACAAAAGUGUUCAAUGCUUGAAAAAGAACGUGAUCAUCUACGUGGUGAACAAGAAGAUUUAUUGUUACUUUUAAAUGAUCAAGAUGUGAAAAUUAUGAAAUUAUGUAAACUUGUUAAAGAGUUAGGUGGCCGUAUACCAGAUGAUAUUGAAUUAAAUAGUAAUAUCGAUACAAAAGUUCCAAAUGAUCAUCCUGACCAAUUAAGCAAUAAAGAAAUUACUAAUCAAUCAUUGUCGACAUUUCAAACCAUUCCAUCGACUCAAUCGGAUACAUUACAAUGUGUACCAACUUCUGGACUAGCUUUAUCAUCGGAUGCAACAAAUAAUUCAACACAAUCAUUACAUUGUGUAUAUAAUAAUGAUAAUACGACGUAUCAUACACCUCCAGUGUUACCUCAUACUAAUCCUCUUCUUCUUCCUCCUCUUCCUACUUCAACAACAACACAAAGUGAAUAUUACUAUCCACAAGGAUAUUUUAGCACUGAUUCACAAAACUAUGCCUGUUUACCAUCAUCAGCAGCGUUGUAUUCUACCAAUUAUCCCAUUGUAUCAUCCAAUUCAUUUGAUAGUGGUCAUUUUGAUUCAUUCACUAGUAGCAGUGCACAGUAUUUCAUGAAUAAAUAAAUAACUACAAUGCUAAUAACAACUAAUCAAUUUGAAAGAAAAAAAAUUAAAUAUUUAUGCAUCAAACAAUAAUAUUUUUUUUCUUCUUCAAAUUACUUAAUGUACAUUGGCCUCAAUGUGUAUGCCAUGUAUACUAUAUACAUGACAUACAAUGUGCUGUCCACAUUGCUUACUUGAAUUAACUUUGCUAUCCAAAAAAUAAUAAUAAUAAUAAAUGAAAAGACAUUACUUCCUUUUUUUUGUAUGUGCUUACGCGUUAAUCAAUCUGAUUGGAUUGAUUAUCAAUCUGUUUCACAUGGUUGUGUGCAAAGUUCUUCUUUUUCUUUCCUUUCUACUGAUGAUAUUUCAGGUCAACACGUUCCUGACUAUUUCUUAUUAUUUCUCUCGCUCUCUCUUUAAAUAUGAAAACUCCAAAAUGAUGAUUAUGCCGAGUAUGAUUCUCUUUGGUCUCAUUUUCUUUAUUAAUAUUUUUCUGGAUAUGAAAAGCUGUUUGAUUUCGCAAGAAAAAAAAAUAUAGAAAUUACUUUUUUUUAAAAUAAAAAAAAACUUGAAUUACAUGUAGUUAGUUGUAGGCUAGGGGUGGGGGGAGGAUAAUAUUAAACAAAAAGAACAGGGCUAUUUUUUAUUUGUUGCAUUCAAAUUUUAAUAAUUAAUUGUUUUAAUCUCGCCAUUAUUUAUAUUUCAUCAAUUGUAAUAACAUGUUUUUUUGGUGGACUUGUGUUUUCCUGAAUGAUUUAUUCAUUUGUUCGGAUAACAUGAUAUUGUUCUCGAAUUUCAUUAGUUUCAUCAAUAUUUCUUUCAUAUUUAUUCUAUGUUGUUUAUAAAAUGAAGGUCUUUGUUAGCCGAAAAUACAUAUAAACGAAUAAUAGGACGGAAGUAAAUAGACUCGGUAACUUGUGGAUGGGACUCGUUUCUCUAAUUACUUGUAUGAGCUUCAAAUUUGCUAUCUCUCGAAAUUCUUUUGGCAGACGUUCCUCAAUUGUAUCUGGGUCUAACAUCGUUAAUGAUUAUUUAUUAGUUGGAAUAAUGUAGGUAACUUUAAAGCCCAUAUAUUGUUUAAAUUCAUUUGAUAGAUUCACAUAUAUUUUUGACUGAUUAUGUUUGUUAAAUAUAGUGUUCGAACUUAUUGAUAGGGAUUAGAUCAGGUCUUGUCUGCGUCACUAGCUUAUUGAUCACAUCACACUAUCAAAAGUAGAGGUUUAUUUUCGACAUGAUUGUAUUCAAUUCGUUGCACAAGACUAUGCUUAGAAAUUGUCUUGUUUAUUGAAGGCACGUUAACACCUUACAAACUUCAACACAUUAAGAUCUAUCCUAACUUUACAUUCCUC